AUGGCAGCGAUCAGCAUGAUCGAACGAUCCCAGGGCUCCAAAUUGCCCUUGGUGGUGAAACGUGGUAAUUGGGCUAGUCGUGAGCCUGGUGUGAUCCUCGUUUUUUGCAUUGUAUUCGUGGUAGCUGUCGGCAUAAUCGCGCUAUUUGCCUAUCGAAAAUGGAUGAAACGCAAAGCAGAGAAGGAAUCCUUCGAAACUGCUGAAUAG